CUCGCGUUUCAUUUGACGCUCCACCCUCCUGCACGCGGAGGGAUCGAUCCGCGGGUCCGUUCCGUUCUCUCGUUACCUGGUUCCUCCGCCCGGCCACCCUUCGUCGUCGCGCGUCACGCGGCCGAUCCAGUGCCAGCCAGGCAAGUGGAUUCCAUCCGAUCUUUCCUAGAGUUCGAGGAUCUCGGCCGCGGUCUCGCUCGUUCAAGGAUACUCGCAAGGAUGUUCGGCUCGGCAGCUGAAAAAUUGGCAUUCCUCUACAAGCCUUACGCAUUGGCUAUAGUGUCGAUUGGUUAUGUCCUGGCAGAAUUGGGCCACUUUCUAAUAGGCGUGACGAGCAAAGCGAUCGCCGAGGACCUGCAUUACGGCGACAUAUCCUGCCAGUUUAAUUCGACGACGCUGACGGUGGCCGAGCUUCCGGUGCCAUGCGAAACCGCGGAGAAUUCCACCUUCUGCCAAUCCCUGGAACUGAAUGGAUCUUAUUACUGCGAGUGGAAUUACAACGGCCUUGGUCUGGACUAUCAAAUCCUGGCGGGGCCCAGCUUCAUCGCUGUCUACACGGUCGUCGGUAUUAUCCUGGGCGUCGCGGCUGAUAGAUACAACAGAGUGAAAAUGCUGUCGGUCUGCACUCUGAUAUUCAGCAUCGCGAUCGUCCUGAGCGGAGCCGUGAUGAAAUACUGGCAGCUCGUUAUUUUGCGAAUGGUCCAUGCGGCGGGGGAGGCGGGCUGCAAUCCGAUGGCAACUGGCCUACUGUCAGAUUGGUUCCCGGAAGAGCAGCGGGGCCUCGUCAUGUCCAUUUUUAAUUGGGGCAUUUACGGUGGUUACGGCAUCGCCUUUCCGAUCGGUCGCUACGUGACUGAACUAAAUGCCUGGGAUCUGGGCUGGAGGGUCUGUUAUUAUGGAGCCGGAAUAAUCGGCUUGAUCGUCGCCGUUCUCACCGGUCUGACGCUAACCGAGCCGGAAAGAAAGACGAUCGGCGAGGAAUCGGCCAGCAACGGGCAGCAAGUAUCGGUUUGGAAAGUGCUACUGCAACCGCGCAUUAUUCUCUUAUGCCUCGCCGCCAGCAUCAGACAUUGCGGCGGCAUGUGCUUCGCCUACAAUUGCGACCUGUACUACAGAGACUACUUCCCGGACUACGAUCUCGGCUGGUGGCUUUUCGCCGUCACGAUCGUUAUCGGUAGUAUCGGCGUCGUGGUCGGAGGGAUGGUGAGCGACAAGUUCGUCGCGAAAAUGGGAAUUCGUUCGCGCGUAGCGUGCUUGGCGAUCAGCCAAUUAAUAGCGACGCCGUUCGCAUUCGGCUCGGUGUACUUCAAUCCUCUCUGGGCCAUGAUCACGCUUGCGAUCUCCUACUUUUUCGCCGAAAUGUGGUUCGGAAUAGUGUUCGCCGUCGUGGUGGAGAUCGUGCCUCUGAAUCUGCGAUCGACCACCGUCGGCGUUUUUCUGUUCGUCAUGAACAACAUCGGCGGAAACUUACCGAUUCUCGUCGAGCCCACCAGAAUGGCGAUCGGCUUCCGGGAAUCGUUGUACAUUUAUUACGCUGGCUUCUACGGCAUCAGUUCCAUAAUGUUCUUCUUCACCAUGUUCCUAAUGGAUGGUCCCGCGGAGGUGGAGAGAAAAGUGGACAAGGAAGCCCCGCCGGCGUACGACAAUAGCACAUUUACCAACGACGAUGGCCAAUUGCCAGCGCUGGAGUUGCCGGCGUUUCCGGCGCGGCCGCCGAUCUACGAACAUUCUCGGUUAUGAGCCGGAAGAGGCUCUUGCCCCGAAGAGUGCAAUGUAAAUAGUGUCUCGAGCUAUAUCGGGCUAGGCACGAAUCGCGUAGCUGAAGAUUGCCAUAACCCAUUAACGUCGAUCGGAGAUUUGUUACAAAACGGCCGCGCCACCGACGACGGAAAAAUUGAAAUUGAUACAAUUUAUAUUUUUCUAUUCACGGUGGAAAAAUACCAGGCAUAUAUUUGGGAGAUUAUUUUUUUUGCGUCUCUCGCCGAGACGUUGAUGGGUUAAAGUUCCUCAUGCCGAGACGAGACUUGCGAAAUUGUGCCAGGGCGCGAUUUACCAAGCGACAACUGCGAUAAUUAGGAGCUCUGUUUUGUUUGAGAGCGGCGCAAUUGCGAAAUAUUCACGUGCGCGCGACGGAUUACGCAAGGCUUUCGAUAAAGAAGUUUGCGAAAGCUUAAUAAACACCGACAAUCUUCAAGAUGCGCUCUGCAUUCUUAAAACGGAAAUUUGCAACGAAGGAUGCACCAGGUGUAAACUUUUGUAAAAAGAAAAUAAAAACGACGAUCCCAAUA